AUGACUAAAGUGGGACCCGAACUUACUUUAGAUGCUAGUCAGCUGUCAGAAGCAACAAGACCAAACGCAACCGAUUUAUUGCCUCAACCAACAGCACCACCACCACCACGCCCAUUGCCCAAACCUUUGACUGAUUUUAAGACAAAUGUAAAAUGGAAAAAGGUGCCUGCUACUUGGCAUCAUGAAAGAGUACUUCAUAGCGAAACGUUGGGUCGAUUGUUCGAGAGCACAACACGUGGUGGCCAACCAGUAGGUGAUAUAUGGGAUUAUGAAGUUCCAAUCCCAGCAUCUGACAAUGCAAAAUCUGAUAGAUCAUUGUCUCAUUGUAACUAUUUAAGCAGAUGCGAUAAUUGUCGAGGAAAAGGUUUAGUAACCUGUAAUGCUUCUGGCUGCAAUGGAAGUGGAUGGGUUACAUGUUCAUCAUGCAGCGGACGUGGUCGAACAGAGACAUCAACACAAAUUAUCAUAUGUGGGUGUUACAAUGGUAAAGUGCGUUGUUCUUCAUGUAAAGGUGGUGGGAAAAUCCAUUGUUCCGACUGUAAAGGUGGCGGUGGUUUCUAUCAUUCGGCUACUUUACGAAUUAAGUGGCAAUAUCAAGAGAAACUUCUUCAACCAAACACAAGAUCGAAUAACAAAAUGCGUCGAUUAAUGUGCACAGUAGAAAGAUUAAAUUUUGAAGAAGUUCAAUACACUCUCGACAGCAAAUAUAUGAAUAAACGAGAUUCUACAUUAGGUAACAACUUUCGGUUUUGUCAGUACCCUGUACAUGGAAAAGGUUUAGUGAUUUAUGAAAAUGAUUAUCCACUCAACUGUUGUGGAUGCUUUGGAGAGCGAUUUGCAUGUUACUCUCGUUGUUGUACGAUUCUAUGA